GAGCUUUCUCCAAAAAUCACGAGACCGUAAUCCCUACCCGACCCAUGGCGGAUGCAAAACGUGUGGCCGUCAUUGGCGGCGGCAUCAGCGGCGCCGUUUGCGCCUCGACAUUGUGCCGCAACACCUCGUCUGAGGUCACCGUUUUCGACCAAGGACGCCAGCUCGGCGGCCGUUGUGGCCACCGCCGUGUCGCAGCGGACGGCACAUACCCGGCGCCUGUGGAUGCAAGCGCAUUCGCUUUCGACCAUGGUUGCCAGUUCUUCCGUGCCGAUGAUCCGCGCUUCCGCUCGGAGCUUCUGGAGAAGUGGAAGGGUCGGGGGCUGGUAGAAGAGUGGGUGGGCAACUUCGGAAAGCUUGGCCAGGAAGAUGAAAGCAGCAAGGCCGACUUCUUCGGAUUCCCGGACCGGCCGCCGUUCUACUGCGCCCUAGGCGGGAUGAGCUCUCUCCCAGCCGCGCUUUUGGAGGAGGCGACGAGCCUGGGCGCAACUCUCCGGGGGGGCGUCCGCGUGGCCUCGACACAGCGGCUCAGUUCGGGUGCUUGGCUUCUCCGUGGUGUGGAGGGUCCUGCUGCUCUCCAUGACACUGCUGAGGAAGAGGCUGCGAAGCAAGCGCCGGAUGCGUUGGGAGAGUUCGAUGUCGUCAUUGUCACCGACGUUAGCGCGUCCAUGGCCUCCUGGCACCGCGCAUCGGCGGGGCUUCCCGAGAGCCUCGCCGGCAAAGUUCGGAGCCGCACGCGCGUAGCGCUCUUCACCGCCCUGGUUGCAUUCGAGGCACCUCUGCAGGUCGAAUCAGAUGCCUUUGCAGCA